AUGCAAGCGUCGUCGUUGACAACAACUCGUACCUUACGCCGUGCGUCCAGCCACUUAACAAGUCGUACGUCUAUGCAGUGUGGCGCUUUGAGUCUUCUGACACAUCGUCUCAAGAGCUCACUAGCUUCUGAAGUUGCAAGGACCGAGACAGCUACGGACCCUGAAAUUUCCGACGCAUUUGACGCUACGGCGCCUCGUCGUCUCGCUGAAGCCGAUUGGGCCGUGCGUGCACAAGAAAUGAUUCCUCGGUCUACUGUAGAAAAGCCGUAUCAAUUGGCACCAUUAACUUUAGGCCUUGAAGGGAUUUUUAACAAGACAGAGGAGCAAUUGACUAAUCCAGUUGAAUCGGCUCAGAAUUCCCGUUCCCACAUGUCAGACGAGGAUGUGGACAAGUGGCUGGAGGGUUUCGAAGUACCUAAGGAACAAUUGGCCAAAUGCUCGACACCUAAGGAAGUCCAGGAGAUGCGUCGACGAUAUGCACGGCAACUCCGUCUGGAGUGCUCUGUGUAUGAGAUGGCAAUGGAUAAGUACUCGUCUUCCCAUGAGAAGGUUCGGCAGCUUGGUCGAUCUACGGAGACCAAUGCAGCUAAAAAUCUGAUAAGAAAGUGGAUGCCUGAAACAAAGAGGUACAUUGAGGCAGAGCAAAAGAAAAUUAAAGCAGGGAAACACAGCACAGACAGUAACAUUUACGGCCCAGCUUUGAUCCUUUUGAAGCCGGACGUGCUUGCUGCUACGGGGAUGAAUAUCAUGCUGAAUUCGUGUUUGAUGGAAUCGAAAGGACCUAAGUUUAUUAAACUGGCACUUGGUAUGGGCAAAGCUGUUCAGGAAGAGAUUAUUUCGAGAAAAGAGGAAGCAGCAAAGCGAAAUGAUGGAAGAAUUCACAAGUAUAUUUUGAAAUUGACUGAAGAAAUCAAACUGGAAAGUCUUAAAGUACGCAUGAUGGAAUAUAUUGAUACUGUCGGUGGUUGGGACAAACGUCUACAGCUCAAGGUCGGUGCUGCGGUUGUCGACUGUAUUCAGCGGACAUGUUAUGUGCCUAACAAUUCGGGCGAGGUAUCGACACCCGAGCUAUGCGCGGCUAAAGGGCUACCUGCUCCUGAACCAGCCUUUAUUCACAACUAUGUCUUCGAGCGGAAUCGCCGCGCGGGCGUGAUGCAGAUCCACCAGAAAAUGGCUGACACUGUGUUGGCGACGAAUCCGGAUGCCAAUGUCUUGCCGUGGACUGCGCGCUACCUGCCGAUGCUUGUACCUCCUCGUCCGUGGACUGGCAUCGUGAACGGCGGAUAUCUGAAACUGCGCACGAAAAUUAUGCGGCAACGUGACUCGGCCUGGCAAAUGGAUUGCGUUCAGCGUGGCGACAUUGAUGGUAUUCUGAAGGCGUUGAGUCUUAUGGCAGAGGUGCCGUGGAUUAUCAACAAGGAAGUGUUGGACGUUAUUCUUCAGAUUUGGGAGGACGGCGGUGACUUUGGCGAUCUGCCCACACGGAAAGAUGUCCCACUUCCCGACCCAAACAGCCCAGAGUUUGCUGACGAUCCAGAGCUGUAUAACAAGAAUGUCCGCAAGAUUGAGCAACUGAAUCGGGAGUUCCAUUCGCUGCGCUGUGACACUUUGUACAAGCUUCAGGCUGCGGAAGAGUUUAAAGAUGAAUCCGAGCUCUAUUACCCGUACAAUAUGGACUUCCGUGGCCGCGUGUACCCGAUUCCACCGAACCUGAACCACCUGGGCUCCGAUCUUUCUCGCAGUUUGCUUAUUUUCCGCGAUCGUAAGCCUCUGGGUGAGAAUGGGCUGCGCUGGUUGAAGAUCCACCUUGCCAAUGUCUUUGGUGUGAAUAAGUGCUCAUUUGAUGAGCGUGUGGAAUUUGCGGAUGCCCACAUGGACAGGGCUGUGGCAUCGGCACGUGAACCGCUUGGCGAGGGCGAUUGCGCGUGGUGGAAGGGCGCUGACUAUCCAUUUCUGGCAUUGGGCGUGUGCUUUGAGCUCAAGCGCGCAAUCGAGUCUCCCGACCCGACGAAGUACAUGUCUAACAUUCCAAUCCACCAGGACGGUUCAUGCAAUGGGCUUCAACACUAUGCCGCUCUUGGACGUGAUGAACGCGGUGGCGCUCAGGUGAAUCUUGUACCAGCGCCUCGACCUAGCGACGUGUAUAUAGGCGUGGCAACGCAGGUAUUGACGAAGGUGGAACACGAUGCUGCCCUGGAUGUGCCCAGCGUUGAGGAAGUAAAUGCGAUGCUUGAAACUGCAUCAGGUACGCAUAAAACGGAGCUCUUGAAGUUACUUCGUCAGGCGCACAGGAAGAAGUGCGCUCAAUUUCUUGACGGCAUUAUCACGCGAAAGGUGGUAAAGCAGACAGUAAUGACAAGUGUGUACGGUGUGACAUACAUUGGUGCGCGCAAGCAGAUUUCCGCUCGUUUGCACGAGACGUUUCUAACGAAGGGACACAUCAUGGACGAAGUUUUGGAGAUCAACAUUUAUCAUGCCGCGUGUUAUUGUGCUGAAUUGACGAUGGGCUCCGUGGGUGACUUGUUUACCUCAGCACGAGGCAUCAUGGGGUGGUUGGCCAAGUGUGCCGCACUAGCAGGAGAAAGCGGCCAACCCAUGUCUUGGAUUACACCCCUGGGUCUACCGGUGGUGCAGCCGUACCGCAGCAAGUCCACAAAGCAGGUGCGGACGAAGGUGCAGCAUGUCCUGAUGGUAGAAAAUGAAGGGCGACAGGUGAGCAUUGGCCGCCAAAAAUCAGCCUUCCCGCCCAACUUUGUUCACUCGCUUGACUCGACACACAUGAUGCUGACUGCACGUCGCUGUCUUGAGGGAGACAAGAUUGUGUUUGCAGCCGUGCACGAUAGUUACUGGACGCACGCGUGUUCCGUGGACAUUAUGAACCGUCGACUGCGCGAGGAAUUUGUGAAUUUGUAUGAGCAACCUAUAUUAGAGGAUUUGCUGACGGAACUGCGGCUGCGGUUUCCAGACAUGAAAUUUGAGGAUGUGCCUCGACUCGGUGACUUGGAUCUCCGCAGCGUGUUAGACAGUCCCUACUUCUUUAACUAG